CACAAGUUGUUUUACUUUGAGAGAGAUUGAAGUGAUUGUGCUCUCAAACCCAGCCAAGUUACCAGGUAUUUAAAUAAUGUCGGACCAAUCUCCAAAACAAACAAUUUCCCAACAAUCUACAGAAAAAACAAUGUCAGAACAAUCUCCAAAACAAAGAAAGUCGGAGCAAGCUGAUCAAACCGUGAGAAACAAAAUAACGGAACUCUUUCCCAAGGAUAAUGCUUCAAGUCCGGCAUCUGCGUUGGCAACAGAAGAGAAACAGAUAGAUGAUAUAGUGCGAGAUUUGAUGGACGAGAAUGUGACAACAAUUGUUCUGACUGGAAGAGCUGGAGUAGGAAAAACAUUGAUGGCGAGCGAGAUCAGCAAACGGGCAAAGCAAGUGGGCAUAUGCGAGAUCGGCGGGGCAAUGCAGGUGGGCACAUGCGAGAUCAGAAGGGCAAAGCAGGGCGAGGAAGGAAAAAAAUGGGAGGCCAGCGAGAUCAGCAAACUGGCAAUGCAUGACGGCAUAUGUUUUGGGACUAUUUGGGUGUUUCCGAAUCCAGGGGAUCUCAGCUUUCCGAAUCCGGUGGAUCACAGGCCUCAUUGCGUGAGCAUUGCCCAUCAGUUAUCUAUACUUUCUACUGCUGAGGAGUGGGAAGAUCAUAGUACUGUCAUUGAUGAUGUCAAUGAUGAAAAGAAGGCAACAAAUGAUGAGACUGGGAAGUCGGGAGAUGACACUGCUUUCAAAGAUGACGAAAAGGAGGCGACGGAGUGGAGCCUGAUGGAGAAAAUAUCUGAGAAGCUUACUAAGAUGAGAUCCGAUGAGCUUGAGAAACUGAGAUUUGAUAUGCUUCAGAAACUGAGAUUUGAGAAACUGAGAUUUGAUAUGCUUCAGGAAGUGAGGAUUGAUAUGACUGUUGUGCUUGAGAAAAUGAGAUCUGAUGAGCUUGAGAAAAAGAAACGUUUACCUGCUGAGCUUGAGGAAAUUGGAUUUGAUGAUCUUGAGAAAAUGAUAUUUGAGAAAAAUGAACGUUUAUCUUCUGUGCAGCUUGAGAAAAUGAAAUCUGAGAUUGAGAAAAAGAUAUUUGAGAAAAAUCAACUUUUAUCUGCUCUGCUUGAGAAAAUGAAAUCAGAGAAAGAAAAAGAAAAAAGAUAG